UUCCACAAGAUACAAUCCUCCAUCCAUCCUCUCUCCCUCAUUUUCACUUCAGCUGCAACACAAGGCUCUCUCUGCACUGCUGUUUUCUAAGAAGAGAGGCACAGGCUGUUUCAUCCACCAUCAAAGUCUCACAGGAAGAAUAUACAUUACCAACAGCGGCCAUGAAUGGCACAGAAGGACCCAACUUUUAUGUCCCCAUGUCUAAUAAGACUGGGGUAGUGCGAAGCCCCUUUGAGUACCCUCAGUACUACCUGGCUGAGCCGUGGAAGUACUCGCUCGUGGCUGCGUACAUGCUGUUCCUCAUCAUCACUGCCUUCCCUGUUAACUUCCUCACCCUCUUUGUCACUAUCAAGCACAAAAAGCUGAGGACACCUCUGAACUACGUCCUGCUUAACCUGGCGGUGGCAGACCUCUUUAUGAUAGUGGGCGGCUUCACGGUCACUCUCUACACAGCGCUGCAUGGAUAUUUCAGCUUAGGCGUCACCGGCUGCAAUAUUGAAGGAUUCUUUGCCACCUUAGGAGGGGAGAUUGCUCUCUGGUCUCUGGUGGUUUUGGCUAUUGAGCGCUACAUCGUGGUCUGCAAGCCCAUGACCAACUUCCGUUUCGGGGAAAAACAUGCCAUCGCUGGCCUGGGGUUCACAUGGAUCAUGGCUCUGACCUGUGCUGCUCCCCCUCUCCUCGGAUGGUCCCGGUACAUCCCAGAGGGAAUGCAGUGUUCCUGUGGGAUUGACUACUACACUCCCAAGCCUGAGAUCCACAACACCUCAUUCGUCAUCUAUAUGUUUGUCCUCCAUUUCUGUAUCCCCCUCUUCAUCAUCUUCUUCUGCUACAGUCGCCUGCUCUGCACUGUGCGAGCGGCCGCAGCCCUGCAGCAGGAGUCUGAAUCCACCCAGAGGGCCGAGAAAGAGGUGACACGCAUGGUCAUUGUCAUGGUGAUCUCCUUCCUGAUUUGCUGGGUGCCCUACGCCACCGUGGCCUGGUACAUCUUUGCCAACCAGGGGACUGAGUUUGGACCCGUGUUCAUGACUGCUCCAGCCUUCUUCGCUAAAAGUGCCGCCCUGUACAACCCAGUCAUCUACAUCCUGCUAAACAGACAGUUCAGGAACUGCAUGAUCACCACAGUGUGCUGUGGAAAGAACCCAUUUGGAGACGACGAGGGCGCCCUCUCCAAAACCCAGACUUCAUCUGUCUCCACCAGCCAGGUGGCCCCCUCUUAACCUGUGCCCCCCCGACUUCCCCCUCCUUGUCCCAUCUGUCCCUGCUCACCUGGGGACCCACCACCGCCAAGCAGUACUGUGUUCUACUGGCCAAUUCUCUUGACUUACCUCUCCAUUUGUCUUCACUGCGGUGGCUUUUGCGGCGCCUUCAGUGGGAAUGACAUACUCAAGAGCCAGCAUGUGUAUUUUAAUUCCAUUUAAUCGUGGGAAGUGUUCAGCUGGUCUCACGGACAUCAAAAGGGUGUCUUCUUGGUGGCGAUCCAGCUGAACACUUUCCAAGCGCCCCACCACCCAAAAUAGCGAAAUAUAGGUGAACAUCUAAUCCAGCAGACACUAUCAACAGCAACUCUUGUUUAAGUAAUCGUUGCAACUACUAUAUAUCCCCACAAACAUGCGCUUUAAACAAUCAAUUUUAUGAAUGAAUAGGUGUAAUUAUUAUGUGGCAUUAAUUUGUUUAGAUGAGUUUUCAGUUCUCUGUCUCUCCUCUUGUCUUUAUGGUGAUGAAGCGGAGAUUAUUUGCUUCUUCUCGGUGUCAUCCGAGGCAUGAGCGUAAACAAAUGGACCUGAAAGGAGCCUCUGCGGGAGGAAGGUGCCUCCUGCAAGAAACCGGACUUGCGGUGGAUAUUUUUGUAUUUGAAUGGCUGUCAGAAUGUCAGCGGGUUCACAUAGGAGAUAUACGGAUAUUUUCUUGUUCAUUGUGUAAAGGCUUGGAUUUGUGGAAGUUGUUUUGUGCCCUGCAAUAAAAACAAAGCUAAGUGUC